AUGAUGGCACUGCGAAUUAUGCCCUCCGCUCUAGCAAGUAUAUGCGCUUUUGGCUGCGUAGGCUCUGAGAAACCUAGUCCCAACGGCUUCAUUGCCUGCACCUUCAUCGGGCGGCUGCAACGGCAGCCAAUCAGCGCUCUGCUGAGUCAUGCACUGGCACAAGAGCGAGAAGCCCUGCUUGUGCUAGUUCAGUGGCCGCGCCUAUCCGCCGCUGGACAGAUGUUGCUCCUCCUCCUCCUCCGCCUUCCCGUCGACCCUUGCCGCUUGACUCACACC